AUGAUAUCCAUUAAUAGAAAUAAAAAAACUUCUAUAGUCAGUGAAGGUUAAAUAUCUAUCACCCAAAAUGAUUCUGACAGUAUAACUACGCUUAAGCUUAGCUAAUAGAAAAAUUACUAGAAAUAAAAGGAAAAGAAUUAAUUAGUGCUGAAUGAAGCGGUUCUAAGGCAACUUCUUCAUGCUGACCGCUUCAUUUCAAGUGAAAAAUCAUACUUUAAAUUCCCAUAGUUUGACUUCUUUUUGAAUAUUGAUUGCUUAUUUUCUAGUGUAAAUAGUAAUGGCCCUGUUGAAGGAUCUAUAAUUUCAGUUAUAAACUAAUUUAAGAAAAUUAAAUAUACAAAAAUCAGUAAAAAAAGUAAUGGUGUCCACAUAUAUUUUUAAAAGAAAGACUGUUUUUAAUUGCCAUGGAAAUGCCUUGUUGAUAGAAUGCAAUCUUUUGGAAGCUAAGAUACUUAUGAGAUGUCUAACUAUUUAGCUGAUGCAUGUCAAAAGGAGUAUAUUCCUAGAGAAGAUACUGAAUCUUUAAAUGAUUAGAGCUACGAUCAACACUCAGCAUAAAAAAUUUUCAAUGAGGGUUCCUAAAGAGAUGAUAUUGAUAAAAUUGAUGAUCUAUUUAUUUAAAACAAAAAUAAACCGAUGAUUAUAUGGAGAGGUGUCUUAAAAGAAAUGUAUUCAGUGCAUAUAAACGAAUGCUAUUUAAAUUUCCUUUAAUACACUCCUGAAGAAUUCCAGUUAGAAGUUGCUUUAAGUGGACUCCCAGAGUUUCUAACCAGCCACAAUUAUUAUCAGUGGGUGAAAUAACUGCUUAAUGUUGUUAAUAAUGUUUUGAGUAUUAGCAGAGUAGAAAAUGAAGAAAGAUAAUGCUACACAUUUUAAAAAGAACAUAUUACUCAAAAUGGCCAACAUCUCACUUUAGAGCUAGAGUCUUAUGAUCUUAUAAUUGGUGGUUGCAAUCUAGUAGUUGAAGUUGGAGUCAAUGAAAUCAAAUAAACAAAGAAAAAAAAUAAAAAGAAAUAAGAAUAAGCAAAUUAAGCUAAUAACAACGAAAUAAAAGAAGAACAGUAAUAACAACCAAAGUGCAAUACCUUAGUAAAUUUAAAUGAAGCUAAGAGAAAAUUAACUGAUGAAGAGAAAUAUUUCAUAAACAAUCACUAUUUCAAAAUUCAAGAUUUUGAUUUUAACAAAUCGAAGGUCUGUAAAUACAGAAUGCUUUCAAGUGAUUUUUCUACCAAAAUUCAAUUGUAAUUUCAUGCGUGA